UAUUUUUAAUUAAUAAUUAAUAAUAAUUCCAGGCGAUGAGAUGAGAAAGAAGCAGUCUGGACCUUUCGCUAUUGGACCUGGCCGAUGGCGUUUCGUUUCGGACCUUUCUAGGACUCCCGAUAAUAGCCCCCGGAUCCACUAGCUCCUCCGCUGGUUUUUUGAUCGGUUUUCACCCCUCUCUUCCCGGGCUAAGGUUUUUCCCAGGGUUACUUCGAUGGUGACCAAUGAUUAUAUCACCAUGAACGGGAACGGGUUUAGUAAGAUGGAAGAAGAGUUCAUCAAGAGGCACCACAAACACGACGUUAAAGAAAAUCAGUGUACCUCUUCGCUCGUUAAACACAUCAAAGCUCCCAUUCAUCUCGUUUGGUCUUUGGUGAGGAGAUUCGAUCAACCACAGAAGUACAAACCAUUUGUUAGCAGGUGUGUUGUGCAGGGUGACCUUCAGAUUGGAAGUGUUAGAGAAGUCAAUGUUAAGUCAGGACUGCCAGCCACAACUAGCACUGAAAGGUUGGAGUAUCUAGAUGAUGAUGAGCAUAUUUUGAGCAUGACAAUUGUUGGUGGAGAUCACAGGUUGAAGAACUACUCAUCCAUUGUUACAGUCCAUCCUGAGGUUAUUGAUGGCAGACCAGGAACCUUGGUGAUUGAGUCAUUUGUGGUGGAUGUACCAGAUGGGAACACCAAGGACGAAACAUGCUACUUUGUUGAGGCACUGAUCAAGUGCAACCUCAAGUCAUUAGCCGAUGUUUCAGAGCGUUUGGCUGUUCAGGACCGGACGGAACCCAUUGAGAGAAUGUGAAUAAUCUGUGUCCCUGUUAACAGCAUCAAGGUUCUUGUUGUGGGCGAUAAGUGGGAUAGUCUUGUUAUUAGAAGCUGAGUAGAUAGUUUGGCUUCCUGCAGGCUCAGACAACUUUCCUUUCUUUAUACUUAUGCGUCUCUAUUUUCACUAGAACCAUGAUCGUUAGGUGUCUUGUGUUGAUAGUAGCUGACAAUUAAGCUCAUCCGCGGCCUACAGAUGUCCUAAAUGAAGAAACAAAUCAAAAUUUUCGUUGUAGUUUUUCCUAUGUUUAAUAAUCGGGUGUUGUAUUGGUAUUUGGUUGUAAAUAUCCAUGCACGAUAGAAAUUUUAUGUUCAUAUCUUUAGUUUUGCAA